AUUCCCUUCAGAGGACCUGCACGGGGACAAUCGUCAUUGAACUUAGUGGCACUGGCUGGGUACCAGGUUCAGAUGGUGAUGGCAGUUCCAGUGGCACUGGCGAUGAUCGUGACCGAGUGACUAAUGGUUAUCAAGGCACUUCUUCCACUGAGAACCCACAACGCGUCACAGGAUCAUGGGGAGGCGGUGGAUUCGAUGGCACUCGCCCUAACACUAACCCUUUCCAAGGGGAUCCUGAUGAAGCCCUUGAGACCCCUCUCUAUGGAGACAACGUUCACUUCGGUCCUGCAGGCAUCGGGCUGCUCAUCAUGGGGUUCCUAGUCUUAGGAUUGGUUCCAUUCCUGCUGAUCUGCUGUGAUUGUGGAGGGGCCCCUGGUGGUGGAGCUGGAUUUGAACCUGUUCCAGAAUGUUCUGAUGGAGCAAUUCACACGUGGGCAGUAGAAGGGCCACAGCCUGAACCCCAUGAUGUAACCACCAUCUGUGUGCCACAAAUGCCACCUGGUAAUGCCAAUGUUAUAGAAUAUAUUGACAACUCAGGAGUUUAUACAAAUGAAUAUUGUGGCAGAGAAAUGCAAGAUCUGGGAGGAGGAGAAAGAACCACAGGAUUUGAACUAAUGGAUGGAGUUAAAACAUCAGCUGCACCUGAGAUAUGCCAAGAAUAUUCAGGAACAUUAAGAAGAAAUUCAAUGAGAGAAUGUAGAGAUGGGGGUCUCAACAUGAAUUUCAUGGAAAGUUACUUCUGCCAGUUUGGCACGACCACAGUAAUUUCUGAGAAUGCCUACCCCUCGGGCCCUGGAGUACAGCAUCCUGUACCAAUUUCUGAUCCUCUGGGCUAUGGUAAUGUCACUGUGAGGGAGUCCUAUACCACCUCUGGCACUCUGAAACCCUCUGUCCACUUUCAUGAUAACCAGCAGGCUUCAAAUGUGGUGGUGACAGAGAGGGUGGUGGGCCCCAUCUCAGGUGCUGAUUUGCACGGCAUGUUAGAGAUACCUGACUUAAGAGGUGGAGCAAAUGUUAUAGUGACAGAAAGGGUAAUAGCUCCAGGCUCAAGUCUACCCACUUCUCUAACCAUUCCUAACCCUCGAGAGACCUCGAAUGUAGUUGUGACAGAAAGAGUGAUACAACCAACCUCUGGCAUGAUAGGCAAUCUGAGCAUGCCCCCUGAGUUAUCAAGUGCCCACAACGUGAUUGUGACAGAGAGAGUGGUUUCCGGUGCUGGUAUGAGUGAAAUUGCAGGCACUGCUGGGUUAGGUGGGGUUGGAGGCAUAGGCAGCAGUGGCCUUAUUAGCACCACCAUGGGUGCUGCUGGCACUGGGCUGAACAUGGGAGGAACAGCCACUAUUGGCCACAUGAGGAGUUCCUCUGACCAUCACUUUAGUCAGACAGUUGGGUCUGCCUCCCCCAGCAUGGCUCGAAGUCGAAUCACAAAGUACAAUACGGUACAGUAUAGCAAGUAG